AAGUCAGCUAUCCGGUACGCAUGCGCGAACUGCUCUUGCAUUCUGGUUUAGUAAAAAUCAGCAGAGCAGUGUGGUCUUUAAGUCGGUAUCUAUUCGUCUGCGGUGUGACAAAUGAAGUUGUAUUUAUUGUUCGUGUCAAGACGAACUCGAUUUAGUGAACUUGGUAGCUUCUGAGGCUAAUUUAGCCUGCUAGUUAUCUUAGCUUGCUAGCUGCUAACCGAGAGACUUACGUGAUCGAAACAUCGCUUAAUAGACACAAGUGUGAGUGUAAAGUGUUGUGAUGAUGCGAAAAUGUGUCCAAUACAAAUGCUGAGAGUGUUGGUGAAUCAGCGACUAACUAUGAAAGUGGAGGAAAUAUUUCUAGUGUUAGAAAGAUAACACGACGAAGAACUUUCUCGAACAAAAAAAAAGAGGAGAACGAGCGAUAACGUCAACUACUGGACGCUGUUUUCAAGAAGCAUCAAGUUGUGUUACACAGAACAGAAAUCUGUGAAGAACAUCUUCCUGAGGAGUAGGAGUGGACCUCCAGGAUGGAGCAGGAGAUACCACAGCAACAUCUCACCAACAUUAAAGAGGAAGAUGAUGAGCGACAGCCCCCACACAUUAAAGAGGAAGAGGAGGAACACAGCAUCAGUCAGAAUGUAGAUCAUCCUAAAGGACAAGAGGAGGUUGAUGUCCCCAAGAUGUCAUUGACUGUUGUCAUUGUGAAGAGUGAAGAUGAUGAGGUCAAAAGUGAAAGUGAGGAGAAGAGAGAGGUGGAGCCUCCAAGCAGCAGCUCAACUCAACACAUGACAACAGAAGCUAAUGGAGACCACUGUGGAGGAUCACAAGCAGACAAACUUUUAGCUCCACUAUCAGAUAGUGGUGACACAACGUCACACUCUCCUGACACUGAUGAUGAAGACUCUGAAGCUGAUACAACAUGUCACACUGACAACACACACUUUAAAUGUUCUCACUGCAGCAAAAAUUUUUAUCACCACCAUAAAAUGAAAAUACACAUGAGGAUACACACAGGUAAAAAACUUUUUUCCUGUAAAAUCUGUGGUAAAGGCUUUACACAAAGUCAUAAUUUGAAAAUACACAUGAGAACACACACUGGUGAAAAACCGUUUAUGUGUUCAAUCUGUGCUAAAGGUUUUACACAAAAUAAUAAUUUGAAAGCACACAUGACAACACACACUGGUGAAAAAAAUUUCACCUGUUCAAUCUGUACUAAAGGUUUUACCCAAAAUAUUCACUUGAAAGCACACAUGACAACACACACUGGUGAAAAACCCUUUAUCUGUUCAAUUUGUGCCAAAGCUUUUACACAAAAUAGUAAUUUGAAAACACACAUGGCAACGCACACUGAUGAAAAACCUUUUACCUGUUUAAUCUGUAGUAAAGGUUUUACACGAAAUAUUAAUUUAAAAACACACAUGGCAAUACACACUGGAGAAAAAACAUAUAUCUGUUCAAUCUGCGGUAAAGGUUUUACACAAAAUGGUGAUUUGAAAGCACACAUGACAACACACACUGGUAAAAAACUGUUUUCCUGUUCAAUCUGUGCUAAAGGUUUUGUACGUAAAGAUCUGUUGAAAAGACACAUGAGAAAACACACUGGUGAGGAUGUGUGAGUUGCAGUGUGUGUGAUGAAAGGUCCUCUUAAAAGUGACAGUGUCAGGAACACAAGAACAUCAGCGGCAAAUUAACAUCACCACAUAACAUAUUUGACAUCAUUCUGUGUGUAUCACAAUCUUGUAAAUAUAAUGUAUACAUUAAAUACUUUAGAUUAGGGGAUUUAUGUAUGUUUUAAUAUCUACAGAAGUAUACAACAAUGUAUUCAUUUAUUUUCAUAACACAAUUACUUUGAAAAGGUUUACAUUGACUGUAACAUCAGCUUAUUCUGACUACCUAUAUAUUAUUUUUGUAUUUGUUUUAAAAAUAUAAACAUAACAUUACAUGUGUUAUAUAAAAUAAACAUUGUAUGCAAAUACAGAGGAUAUAAUAAAAAUUAUGUUUUGAUCUUAUUCACAAUAGUUUCAAAUGUAUGAAGUGUGUUGGAUAUUUUAAUUUCAAAUACUAAAACAAUCCACAGAUUAACUCCCUUAUAUGAUAUACAUAUUUUAUGUGUGUUUUUUUUAAUGCCUUUGCUUCUGGCUACACAUAAAUCCCUCCUAGUUCAUAUAUAUUGGUUCACAUCUGAAACAUCUUCUGGACCGGUUCUGAAAGCAUGUUAUGUACUUUAUACAUGUUUUGUGCAGUUGUGUAUUCUACAAGAUAAUUUACAUUUGACAUCAUUUGUUGAGUCUGGAUAAUCCAUUAUUUUAAUUAUCCUUAUAGCUCUCUUUUGUAAUAUGGAUAUUGGUUUUGUAAUUGAUAUCUAUGUCUCCAUAUGCAAUAAGAAAUGUAUGCUUCAACUAAAGUUGUGUACAAUAAAUGGGAAUACGGGUUGA